CGGUGUAUGACUCGCUUAUCUGUGCCCCAUGUCCUGUACAGUCGCACCGCCGUCAGUCUUUCCGCGUGUUGCACCCGUCUUUGCCGGACAUUUUGGAGUUGGAAAGCCGCGGCAAGCGGGCCGAGCAAGUUUUCGCUGCACUAAACUUCAAGCUUGUCCAUUUAAAGGCACCUUAGAAGCGUCAUCAAUAGAUGACCUGCCAUUCAAGCCCUUCCCGCCCAGCAAACCCUACAAACUCCUUCUUGGGUUGCGAAAACCACAAUAUGAUUGGCUAGACGUUGAGGAGGACGACGGUAUCCUGCUUGACCAGUUGCGACAGCGCGCAAAGCACAUCGAGGAGCGUCGCGACGCGGUGAUACAGCUUGUUGAUGAUCCGCGCGCCCGCGAGGCCAGCUGGGAGUUGCUGCAGCAGCUGCUGCAAGAGCUGCCCGCGAGCUUCCCGCGUCAUUUCCAGGUGGAGGGCCCCGUCAUCACCCACCUGCUAACAGGUGAGCGCUACGACACGUCACUCCCUGGUGUGGACCCGCUGGAGGUGGCCGGACGCAUCCUACAGGAGGACUUCUGCCUGCUAGCCGCUGACCCCGCUGCUGCUGCCUCCUCGGGCGCAGGCGCGGGCAGCUACCGGCUGCUGGGCGGCGUGGUGUGCUUCCCGGCGCACUGGAGCAUCCGAGAGAAGCUAGGGCUGGGGCUGGCGGAGGUGCACGAGCCGGUGCCGAGAUGGGGAUCUGACGCGGCAGCUCCCGCACACGCCUUCCUUACCCGCCUGACGCCCCAGCAGCCCUUCGUUCGCUGGAACUGGGCGGUUUCGCCAACCGCAGAGCUGCACUUGUCCAGGUUCUACAAGCCGCCUCCUGCCGCCGUCGCUGCUGCCCCUGCUAAUGGCGGUACCGCCCCUGCCACCAGCACCUCUGCCACCCCCGGGGCUGACUGCAUGCAUCUGCGCCUGGAACGACAGUACUUCCACAGGCUGCCCCGCAGCGGCUGCCUGGUGUUCACCAUCCGCACCUACCUGCAGCCCCUGCGGCAGGCGGUGCGAGGCAGGCCGCUCGUGGCGGCGUCGCUGGCGGGGGCGCUGCGGGACCUGCCGUACGAGACCCUGCGGUACAAGGGCAACCUGCAGCGCCGGCUGCCGGCGGUCCUGGAGCUGCUGGAGGAGGAAGCGGCGGCUGCGGCAGGGGCGGGAGGGGCGGGAGGGGCGGAGGGAGCAGUAGUGCAGGGCGACAUGGACAAGGGGGUAGCGGUCCUGUGAGGUGGAGCGUAGGUGCGUGCGGUGUGGUGGAUGUGGUUGGAUUACCUGGAUGUAUCGAUCAGAGGGGUUGCGGCCGCUGAGGACGCGGUAGUUUUACUCAAAGGCAGGUCAAGAUCUCAAGAACUCUAUGUAGGCAAAGUUCUUUUCCUUGGAAUUUCUGCCUGUUAACUGCAGGUUUUGGUUGAGCUAGUCUUAUCUACCGGUAGUUGUGUGCCGUUAAGCACAUACGCAGGCACGGACGCAGGGGGACACGAAGAGUGUUUCCGCUUCCUUUCACCGUCUACGCAUUUCAAACUACUCCGUCAUAGACCUGGCUGAAGACAGCUGCUGGGCUUUAUGCGGGAAGUUGGCGCAUGGUUUGGGUGUCCGAGUUGUUUGGGUGUCCGAGAUGACGUUACACAAACGAAAGUGUAGGGGGUGUCACAUGGUGUGGUGUGAAGGAGAACGAAACACCAGCGGCCUGGCUUGCGAAGGACCACCCAGUUGGGUCUACCAGUGCGGGGGUGUACGUGAUAGGUAUCAAGCUGGCCAUUUGCACUGGGGUGUUUGGGUGAUUGCGGGAUGUUACUGUAGACAAGCAAGCGAGCACAGGUUGGCCUAAUGGCUAACAUGCUCACCGGGCUACCAGAUAGCUUUUUAAAGCAGUGGUAGCCGACUGCAUCCCGACAUCCGACUGUGAUAAGAAUGUUGGGG